GCGGUCCCCGGGCGGGCGCGGCGAGGCCCCGCCGGCCACCGCCUUCCGCUUUGCAGCUUCCUGUGCGUGCGGAAACAUGGGGACACCGCAAAAGGAUGUUAUCAUAAAACCCGAUGCCCCAAGCACAUUACUUUCAGAAAAACAUGCAGACUAUAUCGCUUCAUAUGGACCAAAGAAAGAUGACUGUGAAUACUGUAUGUCAGAGUAUCUGAGGAUGAGUGGUGUGUACUGGGGACUGACAGCAAUGGAUCUCAUGGGGCAGCUGCACCGAAUGAACAAAGAAGAAAUUUUGUCAUUCAUCAAAUCGUGUCAACAUGAAUGUGGUGGAAUAAGUGCCAGCAUAGGUCACGAUCCUCAUCUUCUGUAUACCCUCAGUGCUGUCCAGAUUCUUACCUUAUAUGAUAGUCUCCAUGUAGUUGAUGUAAAUAAAAUCAUUGAAUAUAUACAGAGCUUGCAGAAAGAAGAUGGAUCGUUUGCUGGAGACGAAUGGGGAGAAAUAGAUACAAGAUUCUCUUUCUGUGCUGCAGCAACUCUUGCACUUCUGGGAAAGCUGGAUGCUAUUGAUGUGGGAAAAGCAGUAGAAUUCGUUUUGUCCUGUAUGAACUUUGAUGGAGGAUUUGGUUGUAGACCAGGUUCCGAAUCACAUGCAGGACAGAUCUAUUGUUGCACAGGAUUUCUGGCUAUUACAGACCAGUUGCAUCAAGUGAAUGUUGAUUUGCUGGGCUGGUGGCUUUGCGAACGUCAGUUACCUUCUGGAGGUCUCAACGGACGACCAGAGAAGUUACCUGAUGUAUGUUAUUCGUGGUGGGUGCUAGCUUCUUUGAAGAUGAUUGGUAGGAUACAGUGGAUUGACAGAGAGAAACUGCGUUGCUUUAUUUUGGCUUGCCAGGAUGAGGAGACUGGAGGAUUUGCUGAUAGACCGGGAGAUAUGGUGGAUCCAUUUCACACGUUAUUUGGUAUUGCUGGGCUAUCUUUAUUAGGAGAAGAACAAAUUAAGGCCGUUAAUCCUGUCUUUUGUAUGCCAGAAGACGUCCUUCGAAGAAUAAAUGUGCAGCCUGAGCUUGUAAGCUAA